AUGGUCCUCACAAUCUAUUCAACUCGAACAAACGACAAGAGAAAGAAGACAGCGAAGAGCGAGGAAGUAGCCAAAGAGUUCGGCGUGACAGCCAAGGCUAUUCGAGACAUCUGGAACCGUCGGACAUGGUGGAAUGUCACCAGAAGAAUUGCAGGAGAAGAUGAAAUAUCAGAGUUCGAAUCGGAUGAAGAGCAAGAUGACGAUGACGAAGAAAACAGCGAUUGUGAAAGCACAGACGAUUGUGACAUCGAAGCCGAUGCAAGGGAUGGUGGCAUCUCUUCCAGCACAGCUGACUGUGCUACACACAGUCAGCAUCUCAAGUUUCGGUCAAGACAGCUGUCGAUGGAUGAUCUAUUUGAGGAGGCGCUCAAGCACGUGGUUCAGCGAUGA